GCGGAGCUCUACAGCGGAAGUUGUCAAACAGUAUAAGCACAUGGCAAAAUGGCAAGUGAUACAGAACCGUUCGUUGAGGAAUUAAACUUCAAACACCUGACUGUGCCAGAUUUUGGAAAUCCGAAGGCUCAACAACACAAGCCCCUUCAGGAUCUGCUGAAACCUCACAUUGAGUCGUUCAACUAUCUGAUCCAUGAAGGCCUACAAACAGCAGUCGAUGAUAUUGCUCCUUUACAGUUUCAACUUCCCAACAAUGACCAAGUAACACUGAGGCUCUCAAGUCCGUCCUUGGGGCUGCCAUGUGUGUCGGAGAGCAACAAGCACGCCAGCACUCUCCAAGUGUUCCCUACCGAGUGUCGACAGCGGCGGACGAGCUACAAGGGGUCACUGGACAUCCAGGUAUCCUGCCAUGUUGGGAAGCACCUGAUAGAGGAGAGGGAACAGUCACUGGGGCACCUGCCCAUCAUGGUGAAGUCUGAUCUGUGUAAUUUGGCCAAACUGACCCCAGCACAGCUGAUCCAGCGGAAGGAAGAUGAGGAGGAAAUCGGAGGCUACUUUGUGAUCAAUGGAAAUGAAAAAGUCAUUCGAAUGUUAAUUUUGAACAGGAGAAAUGUGCCUCUGUGCUUCAAGCGAGAGCGGUGGCGGAUGCGAGGGAAGCAGUACACGGAGUAUGGCGCCACCUGUCGGUGUGCGAAGGAGGAUCAUGAGGGGCAGAACAUGUAUCUUCACUACCUGACCACUGGCGCCAUGAUGACCUGCUUCAUCUACGACCGGGAGAUGUUCUUCAUACCACUCAUGAUCAUCCUCAAGGGACUGAUAGACUGUUCUGACAAGUUUAUCUUUGACGAGCUCACAAAAGGGAAGGAGGAGGAUUCAUUCUAUAAAGGGUGUAUAGUGAACAUGCUGCAGGAGACGCUGUCAGACCAACUGUACACCAGGUCGGACAUCCUCAAGUACAUCGGCCAACACUUCCGCACCAAGCUGGCCAACAGAUACUGCCCUCCAUGGUACACCGACAGACAGGCCGGGGAACUCUUCAACAAACAUAUUGUUUGCCUUCAUCUCAAAUCCAACAGGGCAAAGUUUGACUUCCUCGUUCACAUGACCAGGAAGUUGUACGCGUUCGCGAAGGGCGAGUGUGCUGCCGACUCCCCCGACAACCCCAUGAACCAGGAACUGCUGUUGUCCGGCCACCUCAUGCUGAUGGUCAUCAAGGAGAAGAUGAAUGACUUCCUCAUCAGGGUAAAGAUGAUGAUUAUGAAGGCUGCCGAAGCAGCCGAUGUCUUUGAGCUGACACCUGCUGCAUUUCAGCGCGCACUGACACUUUGUGGUGGAGACAAAUGUGAAGUGACGAGGAGUGUGGAGUAUCUCCUGUCCACUGGCAACCUGACAUCUCGAUCUGGCCUGGGGCUCAUGCAGUAUUCUGGCUUCGCCAUUGUGGCCGACAGACUCAACUUCUGCCGGUUCCUGUCCCACUUCCGGUGUGUGCACCGAGGAGCGUUCUUCACCACCAUGAGGUCCACAGGAGUCCGCAAGCUCCGCCCAGAAGCCUGGGGAUUCAUGUGCCCUGUCCAUACACCAGAUGGCGCUCCGUGCGGACUGAUGAACCAUCUCGCUCACAGCUGUCAGGUUGUGACGGUGCAGCAUAACACAACACAUCUACUGACUGUGAUGGAGAAUGCGGGGUUGUGUCGGCUGGACGACAGUCCCCCAGGGAAGGUGAAGGAGAGCUACCCCGUCUUCCUGGACGGCAUCCCUGUUGGCUACAUCACCGACAACCUCGCUCAAAACUUCUGUGAUAGACUACGGGUCAUGAAGGUCAAGAGCAUCGAUAAGGUACCGGCUAUCCUGGAGAUCUGCCUGGUUCCCAAGACGGAGUUUGCCAGCCAGUACCCGGCGGUCUACCUGUUCCUUGGCCCCGCCCGGAUGAUGCGGCCCGUCCUGAACCUAAGCCUAGGGAUGGUGGAGAUGAUCGGCACAUUUGAGCAGGUUUACCUCGACAUCUGCAUCACAGAGGAGGAAUUCCACCCAGGGGUGACCACACAUCAGGAGCUUGCCCCCACCAGUAUACUCAGCUCCCUGGCCAACAUGACGCCGUUCUCCGACUUCAACCAGAGCCCCAGGAACAUGUACCAGUGUCAGAUGGCCAAGCAGACACUGGGCACAGCAUGCCACAACAUCACCCACCGCGCCGACAACAAGCUCUACCGACUGUUGACGCCGCAGUCUCCGCUGGUCAGGCCUAAGUAUUACUCUGACCUCGCCGUCGACAACUACCCUCCAGGCACCAACGCUGUGAUAGCUGUCAUAUCCUAUACAGGCUAUGACAUGGAAGACGCUAUGAUCAUCAACAAGUCAUCAGCAGAGAGAGGCCUGGCCCACGGCUGUAUCUACAUGAAUAAGUUUAUUUCUCUCCAGACCGAGACAGCAACCAACACAAAGUAUUCCUGCAUUCUCAGUUACGUUCCCAGCAAGGCAAAACAGAAAUGGAAUCUUGACUCCGAUGGUUUGCCCCCUGUCGGUGCCUACUUGGAGGAAGGGGACGCCCUCUACAGUUAUGUGAACAUCCAGACUGGUGCGAUGACCGUGGAGAAAUACAAGAGCCAGGAGGCUGCGUAUGUUGACAGUGUGAAGAUUGUCCAGAACCCGUCAGACGACCAUGGAGCGGGGCUGCUGCAGCGAGCCGUCCUGAUGUUGAGGGUGCAGAGAAACCCCAUCAUCGGUGAUAAGUUUGCAACACGCCAUGGCCAGAAAGGAAUUUGCAGCAUGUUCUGGCCGGCCGAGGACAUGCCGUUUACAGAGAGUGGCAUGACGCCCGACAUCAUCUUCAACCCUCAUGGCUUCCCUUCCAGGAUGACGAUAGGAAUGAUGAUCGAGAUUAUGGCGGGGAAGUCCUCGGCUCUCCACGGACUCUGCCACGAUGCCACGCCCUUCACUUUCUCCGAAAAACAGCCUGCCAUCGACCACUUUGGGAACAUGUUGACUGCAGCUGGCUACAACUACUACGGCACGGAGAGCAUGUACAGCGGCGUGGACGGCCGAGAGAUGGAGGUCAGCAUCUUCUGCGGCAUCGUGUACUACCAGAGACUUCGACACAUGGUGUCCGACAAGUUCCAGGUGCGGAGUACAGGUCCUGUUGAUCCCCUGACUCACCAGCCUGUGAAGGGGAGGAAGAAGGCCGGAGGGAUCAGGUUCGGAGAGAUGGAGAGAGACGCCCUGAUAGCUCAUGGCGCAGCUUUCCUCAUCCAUGACAGACUCUUCAACUGCUCUGAUGGGACCAGGGCCCGGAUCUGUACGUCGUGUGGGAGUCUGCUGUCUCCGUGUCUGGACAAGCCCCCCGUGUCCACUGCAGCAGCAUCAGUGGAGUCCCGCCGGGUGUGGUCCUGCAAGGUGUGUCAGAGGUCGGACACCAUACAGACAGUCGCUGUCCCCUACGUCUUCCGCUACCUCGUGGCCGAGCUGGCUGCUAUGAACAUUAAGCUCAAACUUGGUGUUAGUUGAACAUAUUGAAGGUUUAGAAACAUUGGACACAGUGCUGGCACAGUGAAUCAUGAGACUUGUGUAAGAUGAAACCUUUGCUGAUCCUUGAACUAAACUUUCAAUUUUUUCCUCCAAUGAAAGUUAUUAUAGCUUUUGUCGUGAGUGAAUGUUGUUUUACGCCAGUCAAUAAUAUUCCUGGUGGAUCAUGGAGGCCGUAAUAUCGGGUAAUCAAAUCUGAUCAGACUACUCAGAGCAACGCCCAGCCCCAUCAGCUUGAUCAGGGUAUGAUCACACGCAAAUUUACUGAUGCCCCAAUCCAAUUUACCAGUAGGGGCCUCCUAUGACAAGCGAUCCAUGAAGAUCUGGGUUCGAAUAGGUCUUCAGCCACCCAUUCUUGCCAUGAGAGGCGACUAUGCUUGUCGUAAGAGGCGACUAAAGGGAUUCAGUGGUGGUCAGGCUCACUGAUUUGGUUGAUGCAUGUGGAUCGAUGCUUAUGAUGUUAAUCACUGGAUUGUCUUGUCCAGACUUGAUUAUUUACAGACCGCCAUCAUAAAGUUGGAAUAAGAUUGAUCAAUGAAACCUCUUUAUUCGCCAGACCUUUGUCAAACAGUUUGAAUUACUGUUUACUUGAAUGAAAUGAUUUGCUCACAAAAAAACCAUACUAUUUCUACCCAGCCAAAUGAGUGACCAGGGGCAGUCAAGGAAACUGCAAUUUUGCUGUGCAGAUUGGUGUCCCUAAGGCCAUGGCAGGAUCUGCUGAUUUUGAUCAGCAUAAAUGUCUGCAACCAGACACUCCAUGAUAUAUGGUUCUAGGUGGUGUUAAAUUCCCAUUCACUCAUUCAGGUUCUCUGCAGGUUGAACGACAUAGACAGCAAGUUAGACAACUGAAGACUUGGAGGUCCAUGUGUAUUUAUGUGUACAUACUCUAAGUGCAUGUAUAAUAGUCCAAAGGAUCUUGGUGAUGUACAUUUGGACACAUAUGAAUGACGAUAAAAGAUAUGAAAGAA